CAAAAUCGUUCGUUGCAAAAUUCUGUAGUCUUUCUGUACUCUGUAGUAUAAUAAAAUAUUCAAAAUGUGCGACAACUUGAAAGCUGACCGCAUUCGGUGCGAGGCCUGCCGCACCAUCAACCUGGCGAAGCAAAUCCGCCAGCAGAAACCUGAUAUGCAGAUCUAUGACAAGUGCACUCCAGCAGCGAAGAUCGACUGCUCACGGAUACCUGAAAUGGCGAUAAACCCAACAUGCAUCAAGGUAUGCACUCGCGAAGAGUACAAACUGCGGAAAAGCGGGAAAAAACUAACAAUGCCCAAAAUGCCUUUGCCUUACGGGCAUGGAAAACUAAUGUACGCCGUCAAAGCUGGCCUCCUGGUAGGCGCUGUUUACUUCACGUACACGCAGGGAGUGUGGGGCGACCAGCAAGACGUCACAGAGUGCAUUCGCCGCUGGCAGGAAUACCUUCGCAGCAUCAACACUAGACGCCCGCCCACUUUCGACCAGCGCGGAUGCGUUGUCAAAAAAGAUAACAAUGAAAGCCUCCUCGCUCCGUUAUACAUGCUGUACAAAGAUAUAGUGACUUCCUGUUUUUCGGGUGUCGUGAAAGUCCCCCUGCUCGUGAAAUGUGCCUACGUAGACUAUUUGAAGGCGCUUGAGAGAAAAGAGGCCGAAGCUGCUCUAGAAAGGAAGAUUAAGAAGAGAGGAUAACUUUAAAAAACGCUUUUGAUUAAAAAAAAAUGUUGCUUGCCUAACCCACUAUUGGAAGAUUGAAAAAAAAACAGACGGACAAAAUAACACAGGUAUUUUUCAGGGCUGAAAAUAGCCGAAAAAUUAUAUAUCUUUCUAUUGAAUUUGAAAUGAAAGUUCAUAAUCGAAUAUUCAGAAAAUUCAUCUCAUCACAAUACUGGAAAUGUAAAUUUAUCAACUCGUAGACAUCUUCAACAUCAUUGCUAUUAAACCGAAUAAUAUUUUAAAAACUCUACAUUUGAUUUCAAUAUUAAUUUUAUUUUUUGUUUACGUAACUUAAUGUAAAGUUCUUGGUCAUGUUAAAUUAUAUUUGUAUUUAGACGUGAUCAGUACAGAAAUGUGAAUUUAUUUGCAAUUGUAUUAAAUAACAUUUAAAUAAUUGAGUGUUCUUCUCAUUUAACUUUAUUAAUGGGAAGAAAACUAUGAGCUAGCAUGAUGUUAUUUAAAACAAUAUUUUUUAUUUUAUUUUUAUAUUGCGUAUUUACGAAGUAAACCAAG